AUGAAUCGAACUCCAAGCAGCGCGACCAUCACCGUAUCGCCAGAAAAGCUCGCCCGAGCACCUCGAAGCAGGCGUGCACCGGCACCGACCUCCAAAGUCCGCGAGAACCAGGCAUUGUACCGCACGCGCCGAACGACUCGAGCCGAGAAGACUCUACCAUCACGUUUUCGGGAUGUCGAAGACAGCGACGACGAUUAUGAGGAGAACGGAAACACCGCAGCCAGCCUGCAGGAGCUGGUUGCCUUGGUCAAGGACCUCAAGAACACUAUUGAUCAACAAAACGAGACGAUCCAAGAGGCCCAAGCCGAGUUGAAGGAGUUAAAGGAAGAACAGCAAUGUGUGAAAGAACAGAACUGCGAGCUCAAGGAUGAAAUCGGCAUGCUCCGGAAUCAACUCAGUAGCCUGUCCGCAUCUUUGCCCUCGACACAGUCAUGGGCGUCCAUCGUAGCAAGCCAAACAGGGUCAAAUUCGACGCACGGGACAUCUGACCGAAUAACCACGUACGCCAACCAUGUCGCAAGCCAUCCCCCCAACCACUGGGCCGCUACAGAUACGCUGUACUGCACGAUCGACGCCUCCCGAGUGACAGAACAGGACAUGGACAAGACCUCUCCAGGCGCCAUCAGGGCGACGGUGGAGAAAGAGAUGCGAACCGGUGAGGGACAAAACAGUUGGCGCUGCCGGGCUGUGACCAGAGAUGCAAUGAACGCAAGCCGCGUCAAGAUCGCAUGCAGAGACGAAACCGAACUGCACAUGGUCAAACAGGUGGCGGAAACGAAGAUCGCACCCGGCAUCAGAGUACUCCGGGACGAGCUCUAUCCCGUCAAAGUGGAUAAUGUCAAUCGUCUGGCAAUUCUGGAUGCAAAUGGAAAUGUUCAGACGGGGGCAGCAGAGGCCCUCAGUCAAGAGAACGAGACAACGGUGGCAAAAAUCGGAUGGCUGAGUAACAGAACCGUCGCCAAGGCCUAUGGCUCCAUGGUGGUCUACCUCACGAAAGGCAGUGACGCGGGUCGCUUUCUGAGGGAGGGAUAUUUCCAUGUGGCCGGAGAAUCUGGUUACGCCCGGACGUUUGAACGCCGGUCACGCCCAGAGCAAUGCUAUACUUGUCAAGAGCCAGGUCACAAGGCGUUUUAG